AUGGCUCAACAAGACACAAUAGAACGGGUAGACUCUGGAUGUCACGACACCACAGUUGGACUCGUUCAGAGUCCAAAUAAAAGUGCGGAGAUGAUCAGAGCAGCGACUCUACCAGCAUUGGUGGAAAAUCUGACACGCCACGACAAACUCGACGGCGCCUUCAACCGAACCUUCCUCGUUACCUAUAAAUAUUUUACCUCGGGAGCUGAACUGCUUGGUCUUCUGAUUGAUAGGUUUGACUGCUCUCCGCCUCCCACCGAGACCGAAGAAUGGUCGACUCAAACAAAACCUCUCAUCCAAUUGCGAGUGAUCAACAUUUUGAAACAAUGGCUUGAACACUUUUGGAGCGAGCCAAAAGGCUUCGACACAGAUGAACUUUUGCAAAGAAUGCAAUCAUUCGCAGAGCGCGCCGCCGAAACACCGACUCAACAACUCAACGUAAUCAUUCAGCGCCGACUCUCCGGCAACGCAUAUACCAAAAGGUCCCACCUCUCCAUCUCGAACCCGCCAAAACCAAUCCUCCCCCGAAAAUUAGACAAGCUCCAAUUCAUAAAAAUCGACGCCAAAGAGGUCGCCCGACAGUUAACCAUAAUGGAAGCAUCCAUGUUCAACAAACUCCAACGAGAAGAAUUGUUACACAAGAACUGGCAAAAGAGUACCACACCAGAGCUAGCACCAAACAUCCAAUCCUUGAUCCGGUAUUCCAAUCAACUCUCAAAUUGGGUCUGCGCCACCGUACUCGCAGAAUCAGAAUUGAAAAAGCGCGCCCAGGUGGUAGAUCAUUUAGUCAGUGUGGCCAGCAAUUGCCAUCAACUUCAAAAUUACUCCGCUGUGAUAUCUAUUCUGUCGAGUUUAGAAAGCGCGCCUAUCCAUCGACUUGCUCGCACGUGGGCCAUGGUCACGGAACGCAGUUGCAACAUGUUAAGGCCUCUGCAGGCAAUGAUACUCAGUGCGCAGAACUAUCAGGCUUAUCGGGAGACUUUGCGGGUGACUGUGUCACCGUGUAUACCUUUUCUCGGCCUCUUUUUAAAAGACCUCACCUUUAUUGAAGACGGCAAUCCAGCCGUGACGGCCGAAGGUCUCAUCAAUUUUCACAAGUAUACGAUGUUAGCAACGACAAUUCAUGAAAUCCAGCGAUGGAAAGAAGCUCCGUAUUGCUUGCAGUCUGUUCCUGAGUUACAGGAUUAUUUGGCAACGCAGUUGCAAUCAGCCGCUGAGAUACAUGAGAUGUGGGAUAAAAGCUGUGAGUUGGAGCCAAAAGGUCGCGGGCUGGGAAAUAGGCCUAGAGAUUUGUAUACCCCCACCGGAGGUAUGUCGGCUUCUAUGGUGGUUGCAUGUAUGGUUCUAGAUGAUUGA